AUGUCCAGCUUCGAGCCCAAUGCCAUCGUGCGCGGAGCCCAGCUGACUGUCGUGGGCACACUCCGAGCUCUCCGCAAUCCGCAGUUGUUCCAGCAUGAGCAUUUCCGCCAGGCAGCUCUUGCUGUCGUGGGAGGAAUUGUUAUUCAACUGAUAGUCCAAAUACCAAUCAUAAUAAUCAAAUUGUUUAUUUGGAUGGCAUCAUGGGUCAGCGAUCUGGACCGAGCAACUUGGGACGACGAGGUCAUCGGAGGGUUGAACUUUCUGUCCAACUCAGUCCUCCAAGUGCCGUUCCUACUAAUGACGCUCAUGCGAUAUAUCACGCCCACACUAGACGAUAUAUUCAUGCUAUCUCUGAAAUGGGUGGACAGGACGUAUAUUGAGAAACACGAAACCGAAAACCCUCACCAUCUCCGUGCAAUGUACUACCAGAAUCUUGCCAGUUACCCAACAAAGCGUGGUUCGGGUUCGAAAUCAAAGAAGCCAACCACAGAGGCCCUGCUAGCCUUCUUUCGACGAUAUGCGCGGAAGGUUGGCAUGUGGGUUGGCAUCUACGCUUUAUCGCUACUUCCUGUAGUCGGACGAUUCGUGAUGCCCGCCGCAAGUUUCUAUACUGUCAAAAAAUCCAUUGGGACGGUUCCAGCAGCGGUCAUUUUUGGCUCCGGGAUCAUCCUUCCAAAACGCUACAUUGUGUUAUUCCUACACACCUACUAUGCCUCACGAAGUCUGAUGCGCGAACUGCUCGAUCCAUACUUCUCUCGUAUCAAAUUCGACAAGGACCAAAAACGGAAAUGGUUUCGGGACCGCGAGGGCGUCUUGUUUGGGUUUGCAUUCGCGUUUACCGUCGUACUCAAAACCCCUUUUAUCGGCGUGCUCAUGUACGGCAUCGCGCAGGCAUCGACUGCAUAUUUAGUCACGAAGAUCACCGACCCUCCGCCGGCACCAGAGAAGAGCGAGGGAUUUGCGCAGAGCCAGGUUGCGUGGACAAAUAAACAUGAUUUCUUGCAGUUGUCGUUGGACAAGUUGGACAAAUUCAAUAUCAAACCAGAGGAGGCUCAGCAGGUGUCUGUCGAUACGGGAUUGGCACCGAGUCCAGGGAAGAAGUUUUCAUAG